AUGCCGCGAAAUAGACUCGUCCCCGAAGGCGCUUGGGACACACACAUACACGUCUUUGACCCCGCCAACUUCCCCUUCCCAGCCCCACGCUCCUACACUCCGAAGCCAGCGCAAAUUUCCGAGUAUCCCUCAGAUGUGACAGGGUGCACCGGCGUUGUUGUGGUGCACGCAUCUGUCCAGGGGUCAUCACCUGCGGCCCUCGUCGACACCUUAUCCAAGGCUAAAGCGACUGGACUCACUCUGCGCGGCCUGGCCACCAUCGAUGUCAAUUCUAUCACCGAUGAUGAGCUCGAUGCGCUCCAUGCCGCAGGCGUGAGAGGUGCGCGUUUGCAUGAGAUGUCAUGGGGCCACGGACAGCAGUCGGGAGGCCAGCAGAUUGCCCAGAAGGUGCAAGCACUGGCUAACCGCCUGGCGCGACUAGGUUGGGCCAUUGGCACCUUCUGCCCCAUUCAGGCCUGGGCUUCAAUGGCCGACAUGAUCCGGAAGAUGGAUCCGCGCAUCCAGAUGGUCGCCGAUCAUUUUGGUGGUACAUUUCCGGGCGAAGAGAAAACCCCCGAAUUUCAGACCUUCCUCGAGUUGAUCAGGGAAAAACGCGUCCACGUCAAAGUGUCCGGGUUUGAGCGCUUGUACCACGGACAUGGCUCGGGGCGGCAGGGCAUGAAAGCUAUCGAGCCGAUCGCGAAAGCAGUCAUCGAGGCCGGACCAGACCAGAUCGUCUUUGGGACGGACUGGCCGCACACGCAGCUGGGGGUCUCGAGAAAGGGGAAGACUGACCAACAGCGACUAGAUGAUGUCGAAGAGUUUCGAGAGGUGCCGGAUCUGGAGCACAUUCAGGUUUUGAGGGAGUGGAUCACGGAUGAUGCGGUUUGGCAGAAGAUGUUCGUGACCAACCCGCAGCGGCUCUUUGCAUAG